CUUUAUUUUAGAACCCAAGCCCAUUCGAAAGGUAAAACAGUACUACUAGAUUGAUGUCUGUCUCUAAUGACUUCUGAUAACCUUUGUCGGGUUGUCCGGAAAUGGAGUUUGCCACGUGACGUCAACCACCAAUGCGGGAGUUUGGGAGGUGGUCACAUCCACCAAUUUGUAUAUGGAUUAUUAUUAGGAAAUUUCUCAUCAUAAUAUUUCACAAAUCAAAAAUAAUAUUUUAUACAACAUAUAUUUUAAAUAGUUGAAAAUUUCACACACAAAAUAUUCGGAAAAUAAAGUUUAAAUAUCUUUGGUUAGUAUAAAAAAAAAUUUCUACUUUAAAGAGAACCUCAUCAAUAUGUAACAUUCUUAUAUGGAUCCUUUUGAAAAUAUUUUAUUUCACUUGAAAAAAAUGCCUUUUUGUGUGCGUGGAAAAAUGUAAAUCUGUUACUCUAAAUUUAGUAUUUAGAAAUGUUGAUCAAAGCAUUGAGGAUAAUCUCUGGGAAUUUUCUAUUUCGAAGAAAAAGAUAGGACUUUAGUUUCAUUUAAAAUUAAGAAAGAAGAACCUAAGAGAAGAGGCGGAUUUUCAGUUAUAACAACAGAGAAGAUAAGGGUGCAAAAAUCAAACAAAAUGAUCAUGUCUUUCUCUCUUCUCUUUCCUUAGUCAUUUCUUCUAUUUCCCUUCCUUGCCUCAUCUUCUGUCUCCAAUUAAUCUAUGGAGCGCGUUAGAGAAUCAUCAGAAACUCUUGCUUCCACGACAACGUCUUCUUCGUCUCCCUCCUGCGAUGUAGACGUUGAGAAUCGUGGAAAACAACUAAGUCCUUUCUCGACAAGGAGAUCUCGAGCUGGCUUCUCUGAUUCUUUCUCUUCUCAUGAUUUACAAUCAUUCUGUUCAAAUCAAGAAAACAUUAAACUCUACCCCAACCAAACAGAAUCAGACGAUGACUUAUCAAGGAGCAUAGAAUCUGGAACAUCAUGUCCCGUGGUGAGCACGUCAGACUCAUCAUCAUCAGAAGCUCAUCAUCACCAUUCCCACCACCAUAUAGGCCUCACUAGCGGUCAAUGGAGAGGCCGUUUCGUCCGUUUACUCAAGAAAGGAUCAUCCGCAAUGCCAUUCAACACACCUCUUAAAGGAGUCCCUAAACUGACCAGACGUAAAAGCAAACGCAUAAGAGACAACAUGGUCCCUGUUCUACCUGCUACUUCUCUUGACACUGGUGACUUGUUCUGUUUCAAACCCUCCUGGAGAAACUACUCCCUCCAAGAUAUUCAAACCGCUACCAAUGGCUACAGCCGUGAGAAUCUGAUUGGUGAAGGAGGCUAUGCGGAAGUGUAUAAGGGACAGAUGGCAGAUGGGCAAAUAGUAGCAAUAAAGAAACUAACUAGAGGUUCUGCGGAAGAGAUGACAAUGGAUUAUCUGUCAGAACUAGGGAUCAUAGUUCAUGUAGAUCAUCCAAACAUUGCUAAGCUUAUUGGAUAUUGUGUUGAAGGAGGAAUGCAUCUUGUUCUUCAGCUAUCUCCUAAUGGAAGCCUCGCUUCUUUGCUCUAUGAGGCGAAAGAGAAGUUGAGUUGGAGCAUAAGAUACAAAGUGGCGACAGGAACAGCUGAAGGACUGUACUAUCUCCAUGAAGGUUGCCAGAGAAGGAUCAUUCAUAAAGACAUCAAAGCUUCUAACAUUCUUCUCACUGAGAACUUUGAGGCUCAGAUAUCUGAUUUCGGGCUGGCUAAAUGGUUACCAGACCAAUGGACUCACCAUACCGUGUCGAAAAUAGAAGGAACAUUCGGUUACCUUCCACCGGAGUUCUUUAUGCAUGGGAUUGUAGACGAGAAAACAGAUGUAUAUGCUUAUGGUGUCCUGCUUCUUGAGCUCAUUACUGGUAAACAAGCCCUAGACAGCGCACAGCAUAGCCUUGUUAUGUGGGCCAAGCCAUUGAUCAAAGAGAACAAGAUCAAACAACUAGUUGAUCCGGUUAUGGGAGAUGACUACGACUUAGAAGAGUUGGAACGUCUUGUCUUCAUAGCAUCCUUGUGCAUACACCAAACCUCAAUGAACCGACCUCACAUGAAUCAGGUUGUGGAGAUUUUUAGAGGUGACAAGGGCAGUUUAGACCAGCUAAAACUACGACAAAACUCCAAACUGCAGAGGACUUACUCGGAAGAACUAUUGGAUAACGAAGAAUACAACUCGACAAGAUAUUUGAACGAUAUUAACCGACACAUGGAGACUGUUCUCGGAACAUCUAAAAACUCAUGAAACAAUUUACUUAAAGCACAAGAGAGGAUUAAAAAAAGCUUCAGUGUUGCUUCAACAUGUUGGACUAUGGUGUAUGUAUAUGAUUAUGAUCAUGAUGUUUUUCUUUCUAUUUUUUUAUUUCACUCUUUAACUAAAGCUAUUACCUGGUAAUGUCAUCUUAUGUAUGAAAUAUGUUUGUUUUUGGCGUUUAUUUUCACGUACGAUAUAAACAAGUUUGCACAUAAACGAGACUCGUAAACAAGUUUUGGCAAGUUUCAAGCAAAAACUCAUACAAACAGAAAUUCACUAGCUCUCUAUAUAGUUUAAUAUAUCUACCUUAUUAAUAAGGUCAUGUAGAUAUGUUAUCUUGUCGGAA